AUGCCACUUUUAGCGCUUUCAUCUUCCGCAACCCCUUUGUGUUUUUCUCAAUGGAAAACCUACAAUUCAAACUUCCCAACAAGAUUUUCCUCUAAUUCGUUCACCUCUUUUCGAAAUACAACCCUUCCCCUUCGUAAAACAAGCCUCGUAGCUUCACCCUUUAGGCACAAAUUUUCAUCAAGAUGCAAUGGUCUUAAUAAUGAUUCUGACACCUACGAAUAUUCUGCGACCUACAGUUUGAAUGAUGUAGAAGAUUUAGAUGAAAAAUUCAUCGAAAAAGUGCAAAAAAAACUUAAGGAUGCUGGGUCGCCAUGGGAAGGUGCAGUUAUAUACAAGAGAGAUGCUUCAGUUUUACAUCUCGAGUAUUGCACUACUUUGGAGAGAUUAGGUUUAGGAAAAAUUUCAACUGAUGAUACAAAAAAGAAGGCUUCUGUUAUGGGAUUGCGAGUUGCGAAAUCAGUGAAGGAUUAUCCAAAUGGAACUCCGGUUCAGAUUUCUAUUGAUGUUACCAGGAAGAAGAAAAAAUUGAGGCUUGAUGGGAUCAUCAAAACUGUCAUCACACUUCCGUGUAAUAGGUGUGGCAAGCGAUUUGCUGAGGGGUUAUUCACUGAGUUUGCUCUUUUACUCACCGAAGAGCCACCUGUUGAGGAUCCAGGGAUUAAUGAUCUGGGUUUUCUUUAUGGGGUAGACCAAAUUAAAACUCUUGGAAAAAGUGCAGAGGAUGACGAAGAUGCGUUAAUUGAACCGGACGAUCAACUAUAUUUUCCUCGUGGAGAGAAAGAAAUUGACAUUUCAAAAAACAUAAGGGACAGGGUGUUUAUUGAGAUCUUCAUAAGUGUAUGUGAUCCUGGCUGCAAAGGUAUAUGCUUGACUUGUGGUAAAGACUUAAACAUUACGAGUUGCAACUGUAGCAAAGAGGAAGUAAAAGAAAAAAGCUUUGGCCCGCUUCGGAAUUUAAGAGAGAAGAUACAAGCGAAACAAUCGAAACAAUCAUAA